UAGACAAAAUUUUGAUUUCGGUCUCUAUUACAAAUAGGUACUCAAAAAAAGUGUUGAUGCUUUCUGUAGUAAAUCUUAACCACGAUCAUCCAAACAAAUUUUAAGACAAAUUAUUUGUGUAUACCAAGUUUAGUAUCAAUUAAAAUUAAGUCAAUAAACCAAAGUUUCUAUUUUAUGCGAUUGGAAAAUCAUUUAGAAAGGGUCGACUACGGAUGGAAGUGUUCCGUGGUCGAGAAAAACUUACAACCUGCAUAAUCAGCUGUCAGUGAGAUAGAUCAUCUGUCCCUGUAAAUAUAAAAGCUAAAACAAUCAAAACACUGUGCCGUUUCGCGUGUGUGAAUAAUGAAGUGAGCGAUUCUUCGACGAAGAUGUGAGUGUGACGCUGCGCUCGGCGGGCCCAGCACCGACACAGAAAUGGGAUAAUAACCUAUCAGCGAGCGAGUCGAGCGCCAUGGCCGGAGCCCCCUGAGGUCGCACGGGGAGUUUCUCACACGAGCGGUCAGCAGGCGCGCCACCAUGGCCGGCGACUUCCCCUUCCCGGGGAAGAUGGUCAGCCCGCUCAAGUGCAACGAGAAGCCGUGGGACUUGUGGGUCAGCGAGCUCGGGCACCGCUCCCCGCGGCCUGACGACGACGGCGCUUUCACGGCGCCGGCGGCCGUGGACAAGGCGCCGGGCGCGCGGCGCAAGCAGCGGCGCUACCGGCGCGCCGGCGUCAGCCGCCUGCGGCCCGACAGCAUGGCGCUGCACGGGCUGUUCCCGCAGCUCGACGCGCUGGACGCGGCCGUGUGCCACAUGUGCGGCAGCGUGGUCAAGUGCAGCGCCGCGCUGCGCCACCUGCGCGAGCGGCACGACGGCGCCGAGCCGCUGCUGCCGCCGCCGCCGCCCACCGUCAAGCUCAAGGCGGCGCCGCGCAGCCGCCACAAGCGCGAGCCGCCGCCGCCGCCGCCGCCGCCCGCCGAGCCGCCGCCCGAGCCCGCGCCCGCGCCGCCGCCGCCGCCCGCGCGCGUCGUGCUGCCGCCGCCCGACCUCGCCUUCGUGGAGGAGGCGGCCGCGGCGCUCGGCGAGGUGCAGGUGAGCCUCGAGAGCGGCGAGCUGCCCGUCGUCAGCAUACAGGACACCGAGGAGCUGCACCUCGGCGAGACUCUGACGGACGACAUCUUCGCGAUCAUGAACUCGGAGGGGAUCCAGAGCGCGGAGGACAUCACGAACAUAGCGGACUGGAAGAACAUCAUACAGGACAUCGGCAACAUGCAGGAUAUCAACUUCCCGCCCGCCGUGGACGCGGUGCAGCCGCAGGACCUGUACCCCGCGGUGGAGGCGUCGCUGGCCGGCUACGCCAUCAGCGACGCCGACCUGCCCGCCCUGCACUUCGCGCCCGCCCCCUCCGCCUCCCCCCUUCUGCCGUCUGUGAUAGAUAAUAGUUUACUCAACGUUCAAGCUUUAAAACCGGCGCCGGCGACGCCCUCGACGAAGGGUUCGUCGCGCAAGUCCAGCAAGACGAAGUUCAACCUCCGAGAGUACGACCCCAACAAGCACUGCGGGGUCGUGACCGCCGAGAACCCCAAGCCGUGCACGCGCUCGCUCACGUGCAAGGCGCACGCUCUGUCGCUGCGGCGCACGGUGGAGGGGCGCGUCAAGCCGUUCGACACGCUGCUCGCCGAGCACCGAGCGUCGCGCGACGCGCAGCAGGCGCCGGCGCCGGCGCCCCCGCCGCCUCCGCCGCCGCCGCCCGUGGCGCCCGCCGAGCGCGCGCCCAGCCCCGAGCCGGCGCGCAGCCCUGCGCCGCCGGACGCACCGGCGCCGGCCGACGUGUGCUGGUACGCGGCGGUGCCGCGCCCGCUGGCGUUGUGCACGUUCAACGCGGCGCACGCGGGCGGCGCGGUGACGCUGGGCAAGAAGUUCGCGACGGUCCGCAGCAACAUCAAGUCGUCGUUGUCGCGCUCCAGCAAGGCGGCGGGCGCGGCCGGCUACUACGACCGCGGCCUGGCGAUGGCCAAGACGUUGCACGCGAACAGCGCCAGUAAAACGAACAAGCCGGAAGUGCGGAAACUGAUAGUGACGUGCAGUGCGGGCGACAAGCGCGUGGCGCACGCGCUGGGCGACCUGUUCGACGUGCGCCACGUCAACGGACACGUGGAGCGCAAGGCGCGGCUCAAGGGCAAGCGCGGGGACCUGCCCUUCGCGCUCGACCCGCUGCUGGCCGACGAGAAGUGUUGAGCGCGCCCGCGAGAGUGACGCUUCUUACGCAUUCUGUGUCAAGUCGAAUUUAAUUUAUUCCCAGCGAAGCGACACCUCUCAGUGGCCGGGCAUCGGUGACCGAGUUGUGUUGCAAACAUUAACUGUACGUUAAAUGCCCCCACAUCGAGUGUGCAGUAAGAAGCCUCGCUUGGACUAUUGUAUAUUUAUUUUUCUGUAAAGAAUCGAAUCGGACUCAUUGUAAAUGUUAUAAUCACGAAUUUUGUCCCUGACGGAAUAUAAAUGUUAUGAUAAUGUUAAAUCUCAUUUUUUGUCGAGAAGCGAACUAAUGUUUGUAUUAUUUUGUAUAUUAUUUAUAAGAUUUUUUUAUUGCCGACGCGCUACUGUCGGUCUGUCGUCAGAUUAAUAGAUUAUGCAGAAUGGUUGUAUUUUUUCGAAUGACUUAACUCAUUGUUACAGAAAUGAAUACUGAAAAUGGCCUAGGAUUAAUGUUUAAUGUGAUGAAAAUUUCCAUGUAAAAAUAUAAAUACUAUUAAAUAAGUGUAUGAGUAAUAGUAAAUCGCCUCCUUUCGAAAAUACCUCAAUAACUAAAAUGUUUUGUUUGAAUUCUCUUCGCAGACUGGUUUGAAUAAUUAUGAUGUUCCCGCGUUGGUGAAAGCCAUGGAACUCUUUGCACUGACUCAUUUGUUACCAAUUGUUAAUAAUUUUUUGAUAAAUUCAUAAUUAUAAUUAAUAUUCUAUUAAGCCACAUAUUCAUUAGCAUACAUUGUUGUGAACCAAUGUUUUAGAUGCAAAACAUAUGCACAAUACUUUUGUAACUUUAUUUCAUGAACAGAUACAUUGUGAUGUGUUCAGGACUAAAUUUAGAGGAGGGUAACCAAGGUUAGACUACACAAUGGCCUCCAUCAGAGCGAUAUUGGUGUAAAUAUUUUUAAUCCAUACUGAAUAAGAUAUAAAACUCCAAAUAAUGUUAUUACCUGACAACAACAUGAUCAUUUGAUGUUAUUCAUGAAAAUCGGCUCAGUAGAUUUCUUACGCAGUUGCAUAUGGUUUAAAAUAAGAAACUCAUUUAUUGAAAUCUGUUGUUUUUUUUUCUUUUCAAAUAUUAUAGACCUUGAAUUUUCUCUAAAUUCUGCCCUGAAUUUACCUAAAGCAAUUGCAUCUGAAACAUUGGUAGUAGUGAAUGUGGGGCUUUAUAAACGUAAUUUUCAUUUAGGCUCAAUUGCCAUACCCAUUUUUGACAAGGCAUCGACAGUCUUUAUCAGUUUUACGGCCCCUUCACACUAGCUGUUGAACGUUGCGAUUAUAUGACACGAAUAUAGGUACUAUCCGCGAGACUUAAUAGCGCUCGCGAAUCUCAUGGAAAGUAAAUUUAUAGGUAAAUAAACAGAUUUCUGUGCAUAGAAUUGUUAAUUACUAGGCAAUAGAAAUAGGGUUUACCAUUCCAAACUAUGGAGGUAAGUCAUCGCCGCCUAGCUCUAGAGUUGGAACUCUAUGUAGACAUACAUUCCUUUUUAUAUACUGACAUACAUAACAUGUCAUCGAAUGUAAGACAGUGUUGUUAGAAAUACAGGUGGUUAAUGUUACACUUAGGCCAGUGCCGGAUUAAACGCGGGGUCUGUAGCAAAUGUAAUCAGGGGCCCUUUUAGUUUAAAAAAAAUACUUAUUUUGACGUCCUCUGUGGCGCAGUGGUAUACGCGGUGGAUUUACAAGACGGAGGUCCUGGGUUCGAUCCCCGGCUGGGCCGAUUGAGGUUUUCUUAAGUGGUCCAGGUCUGACUGGUGGGAGGCCUCGGCCGUGGCUAGUUACUGACAAAGACGUACCGCCAAGCGAUUAAGCAUUCCGGUAUGAUGUCGUGUAGAAACCGAAAGGGGUGUGGAUUUCAUCCUCCUCCUAACAAGUUAGUCCACUUCCAUCUUAGAUUGCAUCAUCACUUACUUGUAAAGAAUAAAAAAAAACAUUUCUUUUCUAUCGCGUGUCCUGUCUUACUCAAUUUCCCCUGAAUCUUUUUUUGUAGUUACAAAAAAAAAGAUUCAGAGAAUCCCCCAACGCGGGGCUCCCUUUAGUCGCGAAGUCUGUAGCAAAUGCCACCUACCGCCCUGUGCGUAAUCCGGCGCUGACUUAGGCGACAGAUAUAAAUACAUAUUUCUAUUGCCUUACUAUUAAAUGUUUUAUGAAAUUGAUGGACGAGAGUGCCACUUUCAUUUCACUUGCUCAACUAUAUAAUAACGUCUCUUUGACUAUACAAUGGUGUUUAUGCCUUCUGUUAUGUGUUUGGAAUUGUUUGUAUUAUGUCCUUCAUGUCUUCAUUGAUGAUGUGGAGGAGCUAUAACACUUGAAAAAUGCGUCUGAGAAUCUUUCUCAGAUCUUUGCUUUGAUGUGUCUUAUUACCAAGGGUCAUUUUUUUACUCUCAGUUAUUUGUAUGUGCUUUUUUUAUAACAAUGUUAAUGACCUACAGAAUUAUUCAAAACACUAUUAAAAAUUUAGGAAAAAAUUCAACUCUCCUGCUGCAGGCCAUUUGAGUGCCCUAGCAUGCGUUAGUCAGGGCUCCAGAGUGAGCAACCUCCUCACAAUACGCGCCGUCUCAAGACCAAAAGGUCGGUUACAGAAGGCAGUUAUUCUUUUGUUUCUUUGUUCAAAAAAGUUCCAUUUGUAUUCAUUCAGUAGUUUCAGCGUGAUGCCCAGUCAACAAAAAAACAAAAGGCAGGCACGGCAAGGCUUUCCUAGGCACGGUGCUUAUAACGAAUUUUUCAGUUUUUUUGUUUCUUUGUUGAAAAAUUUUCAAGUGUUAAAGCUCUUCUACACCAUCGACCAGAUGUAGAGGAUACCAUCACUUAUCCCCAUGACGGCCUCUGUGGCGCAGUGGUAUGCGCGGUGGAUUUACUAGACGGAGGUCCUGGGUUCGACCCCCGGCUGGGCCGUUUAAGAUUUUCUAAAUCGGUCCAGGUCUGGCUGGUGAGCUAGGCCGUGGCUAGUUACCAUCCUCACGGGAAAGACGUACCGCCAUGCGAUUUAGUGUUCCGGUACAAUGUCGUGUAGAAACCGAAAGGGGUGUGGAUGUUCAUCCAACUCCUUACAAGUUAGCCGUUGCCAUCUUAGUUGCAUCAUCACUUACCAUCAGGUGAGAUUGUAGUCAAGGGCUAACUUGUAAAGCAUAAAUUAAAAAUAAAAUCCCAACUCAGACGGCAGCCAGAGUGAGCAAACAAUCGCCAAGUCUACCACGCCCAUAAGUCUGUACAGUAAUUGUAAAAAGCAAAGAUUUUUUUGAUUGUGUGUAGCAAAUAGGCUUCUAAACAACUGAAUCGAUUUUAAAAAUUCUUUCAUCAAUGAAAAGCUUCAUUAUUAGCGAGUAAUAUACGCUAUAUUAUUCGCAUAUUCUCACGAGAAUCGGAAAAAGCCGCGCUAGGUUUAGUAUUAUACAAAGACUUAAUUUGUCGUCGCAGUGUUUACGCAGCACAAAAUGUUCAAUGGCUAGGGAAACGCCAGUGUGAAGGGACUGUUAGUAUACCUACUUAAAUUAUGUAACCAGUAUAACUUCGAUAACUGAAAAAUAUCUACAAAAUCAAUGGAAAAAAUAAAUUUAUCAAAAUAGGUAAA